CUAGUUUUGACUGCAACACAAAUGAUAUGGUUGUCGGUAAGGUUGAUCUUCUGCAUAGAUGAUGGCGAGUCGUAAAAAAAGUAAUGAAUUGUCUCGACCUGUAUCAAGAAACGUAAGGCGUCAUGUCGGAGAAGUCAUGUUUCCGUCAUCUUCAUCUUCCGAAGAAGAGAUAACGACAGGAUGUCGAGGUUGCAGAAACAUGUCAAACGAGCAAUUUGUUAAAAAUCGUACUGAGAGGGAAUCUCAAGCAGGACAAGACACAUCACGAAGCGAAGAGAAUCCUUUUAGUUUUAAACAUUUUUUAAAAAAUGGUUCACGAACGAAUUAUCACAAUGUUGGGGCACGUCCAAAGAUUUAUUCUUCUCCAACACCAAGUCCAUUUAAUUUAGAAAAAGAUUCUACAGUUUAUCCUCGUAAUCCAACUGAAUUACCCGAUUUUGUACAAGAUCAUUUGGUCAUAGAACAAUAUUAUUUGAAUCAGGAACAAAAGCAACAGACUAUUUCAGAUGUUGAUAAUCUUCCUGACUUUGCAUUAAACAGUGUAGAGCAAAGGCAAAAUAGACUUAGAAAUGAGUCAAAGAAAAGUGAGUCCAGUGCUUCAUGUGACCUUCCAUUUGAUUUAACUGGAAGCAUAGAUAAAGGGUUAUCUAAUAGAAAUCAGUCAGUACCAAAUAUAAGUUCUGCUCAUUUAAAUUUACCUGCCUUUGUUAGAUCUAGUGUAGACUCUGUUGAACAUCCAGAAUCAUCAGGUAGGUUCCCAUUAGAUUUACCUAUACCUGUAUCUGAGUCUCAUCCUGGUUCAAAUAUUACUACGAGAGACUGUUCUGGAACAAAUGAAGCAAAUAUUCCAAAAUCUUUACCAGAUUUUUUAAAUGAUGGCCCUAUUCAUAAUAGGACAACAUUGUCAGCAGAGUCUGGAUCUAUUCCAAAUAGUGUAGAGCCAACAGAAAGGAGGUUACUAUUAGAAAAUGAAAGAUUACGUUAUGAGUUAGAACUAGCUCAAAAACAAAUCAGUGAAAAAUCAGAAAGAAUCCAAUUAUUAGAAUCGGAAUUAACAUCUAGGAGAGCAGUGGAACAUGAGGAAACAGUUCAUCUUGAGAAAGCUAUGGAACAAGUGGAAGAUAAUUUGAAACGUAGUACAAGAAGAGCGGUGAAUGCUGAAAGUACUGUUUCAUCAUUAAAAAAGGAAAUCAAGUCGUUAACGACAGAACUAUCAUUGCUACGAUUAGAAAAUACAGAAUUAAAAGCUGGACUUACAGCGGGAAAUAGAAACGAAUGUGGUUCUUCAAAUGCUGAUCAAACAGUAAAAAGACUAGCUAGUGACUUGAGAAGUGCUGCUUCAUCAGCAGAAGUAUCAUUAAGGCAAUUGAUGUCCGGAGUGGACAAUUUAAGAGUACUAGCUUCUGCACUUGAGAAUGUAGAUAGGAUAGAAGACCGGACCAAAGAUUUUUUACCGGAUUUUGACGAAGAUAAUGCUGCUGGUCCUGCACUUUAAUACAUUUUUAUGUAUCCUUCUUUCUGUAUAUUAUCCUUAUUUAAUUUCCAUGGUGUAUCUCCCAGCCUUUGCUAAUAAGUUCCUGGAACUCGCGCGUUUAUGUUAAGCACAUUUUAGAGAUGAUUAAAUCUAUAAACCAUUCUGAAUAUAAUUUUAACUUCCGGUAACAAGUGUGAGUUAGAAAGUAGCCUAAACUGGUUCCAAACAAAAAAAGAACUAAGGAUUUUAAUUCCUAUAUUUACACACGAAAUCGUUUGCUAUAAACUAUAAAGCCAUAAAGUAAAGCACUGGGUGGGAUUUAAGUUAUGAUUCCAACACAGUUGUUAACAAACAAUAUUUUAAUAGUUAUAAUGACAAUGUUACGUGUACAGUUUCAGAUUACAUAUUUCAUUUCUUUGUAAAUGUUUAAACUUUCAGCUAAACAAUUAGAUUUGAAGCAGACCAGAUCUUCUAUGUAUUUUUCUAUUUAAGGGGAUACAUAGUCCUCUUAAACAAGGUUGUAAUUAUACAAAUCGAGGAACAGAUGUGUUUUUCUAAAUAGUGUAGUAACAAUACAUGUAUACAAAAGAUCAAGUUCUUAAAAAGUUGCCUUCGUAUGUGACACACGAACGACUUCAAAUAUUUAAAUUUAAAGGUUACACGGCUAUUUACAUGUAUUAAAACAUAAAUUGCAUUGAAAAUUUCUAAAACCCAUAUUCUAACACUAUAAUAAAGUAUUUUAUAUCUUCAUAAUA